AUGGCGGACACCGUGCAGCAGAACUUCAGGAUGCUUCAACAGAUGGCUGGACUGUCCCUUCAUUAUCCGCCCAGAACCAUCAGUGUAUUGGCUUUCCUCCUCCUAGCACACUUUUGUCGAGGUCAGUCUCAGUUAUUUGGUGCACCUAAGCCAAUAGUAGCAACAGUUGGCGAUGACAUCAUUUUACCAUGUCACCUAAAACCAACAGAGGAUGUUGCUGCCAAGACGUUGGAGUGGACAAGACCCAACCUUAACCCUAGAUUUGUCUUUGUGUGGCGUGCUGGUCAGGACCUCGAGAAUGUAAAAAAUCCAUCUUACAAAGGAAGAACAUCACUGUUCCCUGAUGAGCUGAAGCAAGGAAACAUGUCACUGAAACUGUCCAAAGUGAACCCUUCUGAUGCGGGGAGAUACAAAUGCUACAUUCCAGAUAUGAAUAUAGACUCUUUCAUUGAGCUUGUUGUUGGUGCUGUUUCCUUGCCCAUCAUCAGUUUAGCGGGGAUUGACCGAGACAAAGGAGGAGUGGUUCUACAGUGUGAGUCUGAAGGCUGGUAUCCAGAGCCUGAGGUGUUGUGGCUGGACGGUGAGGGAAGCCUCCUCUCUGCUGGACCAACAGAGUCAGUCAGAGGUCCUGAUGAUCUCUAUACUGUCAGCAGCAGAGUGACUGUGGAGAAGAGACAAAGCAACAGUUUCACCUGUAGAGUCCAGCAGAAGAACACCAACCAGACCGAGAGACACAGAUUCAUGUUCCAGAUGAUUUCUUUGAGGUCCAGUCCAGUUUUUCUGUUCCCAUCAUCACUGGUUUGGCUGUUAGUUUGUCUGUUUGCAUCAUCCUGUUUAUUCUGUUACUUCUCUUUUCUGUGUGGAAAUGGAGACAAAACACAAUCAGUAAGUCACAAAUUAAUUGCAGUGUUUUGCACAUGUCAAUGA